AUGACAAUCAUACCGUGGUCCAAGGGUAAACAAGUCGUCGGAGAGAACUCCGGCGCCGGAAAGAGAAAGCGCGUCAACCAUGCCGACAAGACCAGCAGUAGUAGUGGCGCCGCCAAGAAGAGGAAGAACAGUGGCGGCGUCCUUCAGUUCGUUGAGGACGCUGCGUACGAGGUUGACGAGGACGAGGAUACCGACGAUGACUCCCUUUCUGAUGAAGACUUCCAGGAAGAUGAAUUUACAGCACUGGUUAAAUUCGAGGAUAAACCUGGAAAAGCCCAUUACUUUCCGUUUGGGUAUGACGAAGGGGAGCUUAGUGGGGAAGAACUAGAAAAACUGGUGGAAGAGCGUUAUAAGCCGAGCUCCAGUUUUCUUACCUAUGCAGAAGGUGAAUAUGAGCCUAGAAGGUUGGAUGCAGGACUUGCAGUUGUAACAUAUGAGCCUGGAGGAUUGGUUGCAGAUGCAAUUGCUCCUUCUUCUGAGGAUCCAACCAUCUGGAAAGUCAAAUGCGCGGUUGGACGUGAGAGGCUUUCAGCUUUCUGCCUAAUGCAGAAGUAUGUGGACUUUCAGUCUCUGGGAACUAAGCUAAAUAUAAUCUCUGCAUUUUUUGUUGAGCGUGUGAGAGGCUUUAUCUAUAUUGAAGCAGAAAGGGAAUUUGAUAUUGUUGAGGCAUGCAAAGGGAUUUUUAGUGUAUAUUCGAGCUGCGCAACACCUGUCCCAAAGAAUAAAGUUUCUCGUUUGCUCUCCAUGCAAAGCAAAUGCAACGAUGUUUCAGUGGGCUCGUGGGUCCGUAUGAAGAAUGGGAAAUACAAGGGAGAUCUAGCAGAGGUUAUAGCUGUGAAUGAGGCACGGGAAAAAGCUACCGUAAGGCUGAUCCCCAGAAUUGAUCUACGAGCAGUGGCUAGAAAAUUUGGUGGAGGAAUUGCUUCCAAGAAGUCUGCCACUCCAGCACCAAGAUUGAUCAACUCCACUGAACUCGAGGAAUUCCGGCCUCUCAUUCAGUAUAUACGUGACCGUGAUACCGGCCAAUUUUUUGAGGUUCUUGAUGGAAUGAAGCUCAAAGAUGGUUAUUUGUACAAAAAAGUAUCAAUCAGCUCGUUAAUGUUCUGGGGUUUAAUGCCUUUUGAAGAGGAGCUCCUCAAGUUUAAGCCUAAUAAGAAAGAGGACUCUGAUUGUCAAGAGUGGCUCAGUGAACUUUAUGGUGAGCAAGAGGAGAAGCGCAUUAUCAAGAGUCAAAUUGGUGGCUCAAAAGGAGAGAGGUCGUCAACAUGUACUUUUGAAGUGCAUGAUCCUGUGUUAUUUAAUCGGAAGGAUUUUGGAGUUAUUGUAGGCACAGUGGAAGAUGAUAGUUUCAAGAUUUUAAAAGAGGGUUCAGAAGGACUGGAUGUGGUGACUGUAAACCAAAAGCACUUAAAGAAAGGGUCAUUUGCUAAGAAAUUCACUACAUUAGAUCGUUGCUUGAAGACAAUAUCGAUUAAUGAUACUGUCAGGGUUUCAGAAGGUCCAUUACAGGGUCGGCAAGGGAUUGUUAAGCAAAUAUUUAGAGGAACAAUCUUCUUAUACGAUGAAAUUGAACUUGAAAACAGCGGUUAUAUCUGCUGUAAAUCUCAGAUAUGUGAGAAAAUUGAAACGGGCGAUGAUGCUUGUAAUGAAAAGGGUGAUGAAUCAAGUUCCGCAAUGGUUAGCGGUUUCUUGUUAUCAUCUAAAUCUCCUCUAUCAUCUAAGAAACCUGUGCAAACAAGGGGAAAUACCAGCAACUCCAACCGAGAAAGUAAAGGUGGAAAUUUCUCCAUUGGUCAAUCAUUGAGAAUUAAAGUGGGUCCUAUGAAGGGAUACCUGUGCCGCGUCUUGGCCGUUUAUCUUUCUGAUAUCACCGUGAAGCUUGAUUCUCAUCGUGAAAUUCUUAGAGUUAAAUGUGAGCAUCUUUCCCAGGUUCAUGGAGAGAGUUCUGCUGUUUCCUUGGGUGAGGCUGCGGAGCCUGUGCAACCAAUUGGUCUGCUUGGAAUGAAAGACUCUUCUCGAGGUAGGAAACUUUGGUAGAUCACCUAGUGAGGGAUAGUAUCUUUGUCAAAUUUGGACUCAUGUUUUCCCAUACUGAUCCUUUGUCUUUUUAAAAACUCCUGAAAGCUCACGAUAGAUUGAAUGCUUUAUUUGUAACUUGGUACUAGGUUGUUUAGGAAUAUAUGCCGUAUUGUAUACCAAGUUUCUGUGCAAAUAGUUUGCCUCUCCACGUAUGGAUCUUUUUGAGUUGAAGGAUAUUUUACAUUACAAUAAUUAACAUACAGUCGCAUAUCUUGAAUCAAGAGUGGCAACGGUAUCACAGGGAAAAAGAUGUGGUGCUAGAGCACUGUCUCCUCAAAGAAAGUCUUGGCCUGCUUUCCCAUCUUCAGGCUUAUCACUUCAGUGCAAAACCUAUUUUGCAAAUACCCGUAACUCAGUCAAUAAUGAUGCCAACAAAGCUGCAGGAAAUCGUAGCUGUAAAGAAAGUUUUAGUGGAACCAAAAUAGCUUGGAACUGUUCACUCACAGAACCGAAGAAUCAAACUGGGGGGCCUUCUUGGAGUAAGCAAACACAUUUGAAUAAACGAGUUCAGAC